AUGAUAAGCGCUUAUCGAUUUAAUUAUGAACAUUUGCCAAAAGAAGUAAAGCUGAAUACUUUUGAUGCUGAAAGAGGCCUUAUUUAUAAUGAGAUCAUUCGCUUAUUAAAAGAUUUUGAAAUGAGGUAAAAUGAAUUCGUAAUAUUAGUUCUUCAAAGCAUUGGUUUCCUAUUAUGAAUUUGCUUUAAAGAUUCAAAUAAAUUUACUCCUUUUUGAAUGAAGAAAGACAGGAGCUUGCAGAAUUGAUUCUAUCAAAGUUGGGAGGAUUGAAAUCUUGCGUAGGACUUCAGAAUGGAUUUAGCUUAGUUUGCACCAUUAUUUAAAAUAAGCAAAAAUAUUUGUCUUUAAAAGUUGAUUGGAGAUAUUGGCAUUAAUAUUUAUAAGAUAAGUUUAUGACAAAUAAAGAUAAGACUAUAACAAGUUAAACAUUCAGCACUCAAUUAUUUAUGUAAUUUUGUUAAUUUCUUAAAACUGUAAAAUAUUAUUUUGAUGCUGAUGUUGUUUAAUUUGCAUUUUUAAAAUUUCGCGAAUAUUUAGGCUACCAAGAUAAAUAAGUAGCAUGGGCUUAUUUGAUGUUGUUUGUGCCUUUUAGAAAUGACAUUCCAUAAGAUUCUUAUAAAGAUCUUAUAAAAUAUUUAAUGGAUCCUUUAUUAAUUUUUGUGGAAAAAGACAAUUGUAGAUUAAAAUUUAUUUUAAAUUAUUUAAGAGUUUAUCCAUAAUAAAUGAAUCUAAUGCCAUAAAUGAUGAGAUUUUUUAAUGGUUAUUGGCGUAAUGAUUUAGGUUAAGAUGAUAAAAGUAAUAGUAUAUAAAAUAUUUUAAGAUGAAAAAUUGGUUGCUAUGUUAUUACCAGAUGAUACAUUGGGAGUACCAAGUUUAUUUAAAAUAAUGCCAUAAUUAUUAGUUGAAUUAAUUGGUAAUUCAAAGAGAGAGGGAUAUUAAGAUUAUAUGUUAACAAUGAGGAGAUUGUUUUCUUUGGUUGAUUCAAUUACUUCAGUUUAUUCUUAAUAAACGAUGGAUGAUUAAAUAUUUAAACUAUUAAAAUUGAUGGUGGGCAAUUUCAUCUAAAAAUAUAGAAGAGAUUAACUUUUGUUAAGGAUUUAUGAGAUGUAACAAAAUAAAUAUUAUGAUGAAACUGUUUCAGAAUCAUUGAUGUAGGAAUUAAUUGAUUAAUUUAAUGAUGUCCAUAUUCAAGAUUUUAUUGAAAGUGAUAAAUACAUUCUUGAAUUACUCUUUAUAAAUCCAGAUUAAGGAUAUUCAAGCUUUUAAAUAAAUUAUCCAAAUUAAAGAAAUAUAUCAAAAAUUCAUGCUACAAAAAUAAAUAUUGAUUAAUUACUACCAUUUUUAUUGGAUGAAUAAGCGAAAUAAGACUUUAUAGAGAUAGUAAUGGAUGUAUUAGAUAAAGUGAUUUACAUGGAAGAUUAAGGAUAUUCAACAGCAAAAACGAUAUUAUAUUUAUCUUGUUUUGAACCAAAAUUAAUUGAUUUCUUUUUAAAUAAAAUGAAAUAAGCUAUUAAUGAUGUAACAGCCUUGUAAUUUGUUACAAUAAAGAGUAUUCUAAUAUUUAUGGCUAUUCCAAUUUUAUAAGGAAAAUGGUAUUUAUUAUAGUAACUGUAAAUUUUAGUCCUUAUUCAGUUCAUCAUCUUUAGGAAUUUAUGGAUUUGACAUACAAAUUGUUUGAAGUCUAAGGAGUAAGCGAGAAUAUAGAUUCAUUAGAGUUUUACUGUAAAAUAUUUAUGAAUGUUCCCAUCUAUACUCCUGAAGAAUAUCUAGAAUUGUAUGGUGAAGAAAAUGAAUUGUGUAGAUAUUUAAGUGAUUUUGUAUCAGAAGUAUUUAAUUUGGUUAUUAAAAACUUUAACUUGGUAAAGUACAAAGAUGUAGAUUAUGGAUUUGUAUUGCCAAAUCUUAUAAAUAUAUUUUGGCCAUACAUAGCAAAUUCAUCUCCAAAAAUGUUAGAUUGUAUAGUGGAUAAAAUUAAAUAGCAUUUAGAAAAUCUUGAGACAUAAGAUUUAAGUGCAAUGGGAGAUUUGAUUGAUUGUAUUUUAUACAGAGAUCCAAGAUUAUUGGAAUAUAUAAUUGAAAUUUGUAUGGAAAAGCUUCUUAAAUAGAGAUAAUCUCCACUUAAGAAACACUAUUUGAGUUUUAUAGUUCAUUUAUCAAAGCAUUAAGAUUAUAUUUUAUAAUUUGAACCUACAGCUGGUAAUAAAUUAUCAAAACUAUUAUGGUUGACACUACUUGAGAAAUCACUUACAUAUGCAGGUAAAGCUACAUAAUAACAUGAUAAAAAAAUAUAAGCUAUUGUAAUUAAUUAUUUAAUGGAUGAAGAAGAUGAAGUAUUUACAAAAGUUAGUGAUAUAAUCCAUUCAGUUAUAAUAACAAAUCAAAUUAUUAAAACUAAUAAUUUAUCAUGGUAAAAUAAAAGUUCUUAAUUUUUUAAAAAAGAUUUCGAUAAAAAAACUUUAUAUUAACCACAAGAUUUAGUUGUUGAAUGGAUUUUACCAACUCGAUAGGAUUGGGAAUAUAUUUUUGAUUGGAAUAGAAUGUUUAUGUUUGGUGUGAUUGAAGAAUUCGAGAAAACUUAUAUGAAAGAAUAUGAAUUUUAUGAGAUGCCAAGAGAUUUCCCUAAAUUAAUUGAUUUAAUGAUUUUUAGAAAUCCUCCAAUGGAUCCAAAUCUUAAACAAAUUUGUUAUCGAAUAUGGUUUCUUGUUUUUGGAUGUUUUACAGGUUCAUCUCUAUUUACUCCAUUUUAACCAUAAGAUAAAAUAGAAGGUAGCAAAGGACAUAUAAAAUUAUAAAAGAUUCAAUAAGACUAUUUAAAAAAGGUUUGUCCACCUGAAUAUUGGGAUUUAAGAUAAAGAUUAGGAACUUUUGCUAUUAAUUCUAUUUGUUAUGCUAUAAAUACAGGAGUAGCACACGAUAAAGAUAUUAAUGAUCUUUUAGUUACAAUAGCUUCAGAAUGCAUUAGUUCAUAAACUCUUAAUUAAGAAUUAUAAUUAGGUAGAGAAUUUAUGGAGGGUUGUAGAUAAUUAAUGCAAGCCUCUUAAUGUAAAUUAUACUUUGAAAGUAGAAUUUAAUGUGUAAUUGAUAUUAAUACCUAUUUAUAUCAAAGACAUGUUUUUUUAUUGCAUUUAUAAGGCAUCCCUAUUGAAUACAAUUAAAUCUAUAAUUACAUUAUUGUUCUUUACUUAUUAGGCCAUUCUGAGUUUAGCAGUCCAUAAUAUUUGUUACCUUAUUCAGAAUAGACAACUUAUACAUUAACUACAGGAGUCAGAAAUAACUUUUUCGAAUAUUUACUUGGUAUUUUAGAUUACAAUGAUAAAGACAGCAAAUUAAGUAAAAUAAAUCAAUUAAAUGAAAGAAGUAAAGAAUAUAAAUAACUUAUUGAUUUAUUGUAAGGAUUUAAUUCUGCAGUUUAACACAUCUCUUCUGAUAUUGAAAUGAAUAUGUCAAUUUAAAAAUAACUAAAUUAAUUUAUUAGUGUGAUGGAAUAUGUUGACAAUUAAAAAUGCAAGUAUUUAAUUAUGGAAUCAUGUGUUCAUCAUUUAGCAAUUCAAUAUGAUGAAAGCACUGUUGUUUUACAUAAUGAUUAUAAUGAUAGAAUUGAAAUGAUUAAAAAUAGUAUCAAAGCUUUACAAAGUCAAUAUUUCUGGAAAUGUAAGAUAAUCCAUAGUUUGUCUCUACUUAAUAAUAUUAACAUCAUAAAAUAAGUACCAGAUAAUUGUAUCAAUGCUUAUAGAGAUUUAUGUAUUAGUGAUCAUGUUACACUUAAUCAAUUAGGAAGAGCAGGAUUAUUUUACUUUCUGAGAUUGGCUAAACAAAUGAUUUACUAAAAAUAAUAAGUUAACAAUUCUAAAUUUGAAAAGUACCUACCUUUUAAUAAAUUUGUUUAAUAUCGAUAUUUGACUGAAGAAUAAUUAACAAUUAUUGAUAAAUCAUACUAAUCAAUUUUAGAAUUGGAUGAUAUUCUUAAAGCAUAACAACCAAUUUAUAGAUCUAAAAUGCAUGAAAAAUAUAUGUUUACCUAAAAUGAUAUCACUAAAGUAACUAUAAUCAAUGAUAAUAUUACUCCUUUUAUAAAAGAUCUUAGAUAACUCUUCACAGAUAGAUAGUAUAUGAGAUUAUUUAUGGAAAAGAUAUUAAUAGAUAAAGAUGUUGCUCCAACAUCAGAAUUUGAUAUCACAGAUGCUCCCUCUUAAGAAGUUUAAUUUAUGUCAGCUUAAGGCAUUACAAGAUAUGUCUAGAUCUUUUUCACAUAUAUUUAUGGAAAGAAUAGAAAUAGAUAAUCUCCAUUUUCAGCUACCUAAUCCUUUUUCAUGUCAGAUUUCUAUUUUAGAUUAUUUAAAAAAAUGUUUUAAGUUUGUGGUAUAGCUGCAUUCCAUUCUACAAAAGAAAUAAUUGAUGAAUAUAUAGAAUAGUUUGAUCAAAGAGAAAAGUAAAGAUUAGUAAGUUGUUAUUUAACAGCACUUCAUCGAUCUUUAUUAAGCGUAGGGUCCUAUAUUCAAGAUUCAUUUAUUAGGAUUCUUCCAAAUAUUACCUAAGAAAUCUUUUAUGAUUAUCAUUUAGCCUUCUUUUAUAUGUGUAGAGAUUAAGAUUGGCAAUGGAUUUCACCAGUUUAUCAGAAGAUGUUAUAAUGUUGUUAAGAUCUUAUUCCUUAAGGAGGAUUCAAAGGUUUAAGAUAUAUACAAUUAUUAAAAAUUUUAAUUCAAUCAUAAGGACCAAGAAUUAUUACAUUAUAAGAUUAAAUUUUACAAUAAUUUGCUUCCAUUAUAAUCACAUAUCCAUCUAGUGUUUAUGUUGAAGAAUAUACAUGUACUUUAGCUACUGCAUUAUUAUAAACUAUCUUAAUUCCUAUUCCUAUUGAUGCUCCUUAUUCAGAUGAACAUCUUAUUGCAACUACUACAAACUUUUAAAUUUGGUAUAACAAUGAUCUUUAAAUCUUUUUCAAUAACUUUAAUUAAUUUCUUUCUAAUCAUUCAUAAACUGAUAAAAUCAAAUUUUAUUAAGAACUAUCAGCAAGAAUUUUAGAAUUUAUAGCAAUUAGCAAAUUUGAUAAUUAUUCAUGGAAGUUCAUAGUUGAAGCUAUGAAAAUCAUUUUCCAAAAUAAUCAAACUGAAAUUGAUGCUUAAGAAAUCCUAAGAAAAUAUAUCGAAUGUGAUUAUGAUGAAAUUACUGAAUUACUUGAUAUUGCAGAAUAAAUGACCAAAAAUGAAACAUGGAAUAUAAGAAAGCGUGCUAACUUCUUUCUAAGAGAUUGGUAUUUCAAAGCUAAAUUAGAAGGUACCUCUUUAAACCAAAUACCUAAAUAAUUGCUUAAUAUGUUCUAAGACAGCAAUCUUUAAUUAUAAUUCUAAGCUGUAUCUUCACUUGCUGAUUAUUUAAAAUUAUAUACCAAAUAAGAAUUAGAAGAUUUAUUCAAAACUACUUCAGAAAAUAGAGUCUACAUAUUGAUGAGUAUGCUUCUAUCACGUCAAGAUAGAAAUUUUAACUGGACAGAUUAAGCACUUUCUGAAAUAUUUUAAGAAUUAAAAAAUAAAAGGUAUUCAAUUUAUUUUAUUAAAAGAAUUCUCUAAGAAUUUGUAUCUGAAUAUUGGAAAAACAGACAAGAUUGGUAGAGAGUAUUUAAGGAUGAAAUUAGUGAAGAAAAUGUUAGAAAAUUAUAAGAAAUUGUUAAUCCACAUCCUUAUUAUGCCUGA